GCCCCUCCCACCUUUCCCUUAGUGGUUCCUUAAAGUCCCCUGCUCAACCUUUCUGAAGCCAGGCUAGAAGACCACAGCACCAGCCAGCACCAUGCCUAUGACACUGGGUUACUGGAAUGUCCGCGGACUGACUCACCCCAUCCGCCUGCUUCUGGAGUACACGGACUCAAGCUAUGAGGAGAAGAGAUACACCAUGGGGGACGCCCCCAACUUUGACAGAAGCCAAUGGCUGAGUGAGAAAUUCAACCUGGGCCUGGACAUUCCCAACCUGCCCUACUUAAUUGAUGGAUCACACAAGAUCACCCAGAGCAACGCCAUCCUGCGAUACCUUGGCCGCAAAUAUAACCUCUGUGGAGAGACAGAGGAGGAGAGGAUUCGUGUGGACACUUUGGAGAACCAGGUUAUGGACACUCGCAUCCAACUCAUGAUAGUCUGCUGCAGCCCUGACUUUGAGAAGCAGAAGCCAGAGUUCUUGAAGGCCAUCCCUGAUAAGAUGAAAAUCUAUUCUGAGUUCCUGGGCAAGCGGCCAUGGUUUGCAGGGGACAAGGUCACCUAUGUGGACUUCCUCGCUUACGAUAUCCUUGACCAGUACCGUAUGUUUGAGCCCAAGUGCCUGGAUGCCUUCCCAAACCUGAAGGACUUCUUGGCCCACUUUGAGGGCCUGAAGAAGAUCUCCGCCUACAUGAAGACCAGCCGCUUCCUGCCAAGACCUGUGUUUACUAAGAUAGCCCAGUGGGGCACCGAUUAGGCCCCUGCCAUGCUGGCACUCACAGGGAGGACCAGUCCACACUGGGGAUCCUCCGGGCCCUGGGGACAGCCGGCCUUCUGCCCUCAGCCUCCCUGAUCUCACUUCCUUCUCCUUCCCACCGCCUUCUCCAGCUUUUCAGUCUCCUCAGCCCAGACCCUGGUCAAGCCCAUGCAGUCUCCAUCUCCCCACUUCCUUUCAUCAAGACCCCUUCCUCAUUUGUGCCCCAACCCAACCACACAGUCCUCUUCCAUGACCUGAUGCCUGCCCUGAACUCUGCUCCCUAGAAUUACCCUAAAGGUCAAUACUGUCUCAAGUUCCCCAGUGGGGGGGGGGGGGGGCUGCCCCAGGCCUUCUCAUCACCAAUAAAGCCUGAAACACA